AUGAUUAAACGACUUCUUGUUCCGAAUUUUCGUCAUUUUCAUCAAUUCCGAAUGAAUCACAACCUCGUGUCAGUGACUGAGAGUGAUGGCAUAAGAAACAUAACAAUGAUUGAUACCAAAAAGCGAAAUUGUUUGUCACUUGAAAUGAUGGAAAAUUUGUUGCAUGAAAUCAAAAGGAAUGAAGACGACAAAGAAUUGCGGGUUAUUGUUUUAUCGUCUAGUGGUCCGGUAUUCUCAUCGGGUCAUAAUUUGAAAGAAUUAUCUUCAGACAAGGGCGCAGAAAAUCAGAAAAAAGUCUUCGAUAAAUGUCACGAACUGAUAAAAUCAAUUAUUGCUUCACCUCUUCCAGUCAUAUCAAAAAUUGAUGGUUUAGCUGCAGGUACUGCUGGUCUACAGUUGGCAGCUUCAUGCGACAUCGCAAUUUGCAGUGAGAAAAGCACAUUCUCGACUCCUGGUGCUUCAUUUGGAAUUUUCUGCAGCACACCCGGCAUCGCCAUUUCCAGAACAAUUCCUCGAAUGAAAUCGAGUUACAUGCUUCUGACUGGUCUUCCAAUCUCUUCCGAAGAAGCACUUCGUGUGGGACUCGUAAGCAGCGUAGUCCCAAGUGAGAAACUCGAUCAAGAGCUCAACGAAAUUUGCGAUGCCAUUAAAAGCAAGUCAAGAGCUGUCGUGUCAUUUGGAAAGAAAUUUUACUAUCAACAAUUAGGAAUGGAUUUGAAUUCGAGUUACAUCGCAGGUAGUCAAGCCAUGGUUGAUAACUUGCAACUUAAAGACGGACAAGAGGGCAUCAAAAGUUUCAUAGAGAAACGAAAACCUGUGUGGAGCAACGAGUGA